AUGCACGGAGUCGGUUUCGUAGUGAUUGGGGAUCAGAAGAACCGAGUCAUCAAGUGGAAGGUGGUAAAUGACCGGAUCUGCGUGUUGAGAAUAAAGGGCAAAUUCUUCAACUACAGCCUGAUCAACAUCUACGCGCCGACGAACGACAAGCCCGAUGAUGAUGAAGACGCUUUCUACGAGCGCCUCGACAAGACCUAUGGAGAGUGCCCAAGACACGACGUGAAGAUAGGCAUCGGAGACGCAAACGCGCAGGUCGGAAGGAAAGCCUUCUUCCAUCCUGUCAUCGGCAAGGAGAGCCUUUAUCCUCGCACGAAUGACAACGGCCUACGUUUGGUAAAUUUCGCCGCAGCCAGAGGAAUGGCUAUCUGUAGCACCUUCUUUGCGCGCAUGAACAUUAGGAAGCACACCUGGCGCCACCCGAAUGGCGAAUCGUGCACACAAAUCGAUUACGUUUUGGUAGAUGGUCGACACUUCUCGGACGUGAUGGACGUCCAAUCGUACAGAGGACCGAACAUCGACUCUGAUCACUUCUUGGUAGCGUGCAAGAUCCGAGCUAGGCUGUCGAACGUGUUGACCCCGCGGACUGCGAGGAUAGCGCGGUUGAACGUCCAGCGCCUCGCUAGCAGCGACGUUGCUGCAGAGUACAGUCGGAAGCUCGACGAGCGGAUCAACGAGGACGCGCCUACGGGUAACAUGGACGAGCAAUGGGGAGCCCUCCAGACAAGGGGUUGGGCACAUGCUUGA